GAUGAAUGAAUGAAUGAAUGAGUGAAUGAGUGAAGGAGGUUUCUGUUGGUUUUGUUUAAUCCCACGCUCGGUCAGUGGUGACUCUUCUCGCGUCCAGAGGCUCAUGAAGCCGCAGCGCGACUGGAGACGCUCGGCGGAAAAAUGCUCCCGCUGUCCAUCAAAGACGAUGAGUACAAACCUGCCAAAUUCAGCCUGUUCGUCAAGAUAUCGGGCUGGUUCAGAUCAAUUCUUGCUGAUAAAACCUCUCGCAAUCUGUUUUUCUUCCUGUGUUUGAACCUGUCCUUCGCCUUCGUGGAGCUGCUGUUUGGCAUAUGGACUAACAGUUUAGGUUUGAUAUCCGAUUCCUUUCACAUGUUCUUCGACUGCACGGCUCUCCUGGCAGGCCUUGCAGCAUCGGUCAUUUCACGCUGGAGGUCCAAUGACUCCUUCUCAUACGGGUAUGUCAGGGCAGAAGUACUCGCAGGAUUCGUGAAUGGCCUUUUCCUCAUCUUUACCGCCUUCUUUAUCUUCUCAGAAGGAGUAGAGAGGGCGCUUGAACCCCCUGAUGUGCACCAUGAGCGUUUGCUCCCGGUGUCUAUAGCAGGGCUGCUGGUGAAUCUUGUAGGAAUAUUCGUUUUUCAACAUGGAGGACAUGGACAUUCACAUGGUGAUGAAGGUCAUGGCCACAGUCACUCUCUAUUUAAUGGCAGUGUGGGACAUGGACACAGUCAUGGAGGCCACGGCCACAGUCACGGGUCCAAACAUGGACACGAUGAUCACGGACAUUCACAUGAAGGACACGGACAUUCAAACGAUGAUCCUCACUGCCAUGAUGACCAUUCGCUCACACCAGGAAAAGGUUCCAGCAAGCAGAUAUUACAAGGAGUUUUUCUCCACAUUGUUGCGGACACGUUGGGCAGUGUCGGAGUCAUUAUAUCAGCCAUCCUAAUGCAAAAAUACGACCUGAUGAUCGCCGAUCCCAUCUGCUCCAUGCUCAUCGCACUUCUCAUAGGAGUGAGUGUGGUUCCUCUGCUCAGGGAAUCUAUUGGGAUCUUGAUGCAACGGACGCCUUCUUCCCUGGACCAUACUCUUCCUGAAUGCUACCAGAGGGUCCAGCAGCUUCAGGGUGUCUAUAACCUUCAAGAACCUCACUUCUGGACCCUUUGCACAGACGUCAACAUUGGCACACUCAAACUCCUUGUGGCGCCUGAUGCAGAUUCUAGAUGGAUUCUCAGCCAAACGCACAACAUUUUCACACAGGUUGGCGUCAGACAACUGUAUGUUCAGAUUGAUGUGGCAGCCAUGUAGAAGUCCCCCACACUUCUCCUGAUCUUUGGGAGUCCCGGGACCAAAGGCCUUCUGUGCUACUGUGGGGAAAUUCUCCACCUCGACCCAUCUCUUUUUGGGUUUCUGUCACUCCACUUCCAUCUUGGAUCAAGAUGGAGCUGGUGCAGUCCAGCAGUCUGACUCCACUCUUGCCGGAAAACAACUGACCAGCUACAACAAUGUGAUGUUUUUGAGAGAAAAAAAGAAAAAAAACUUUUUUUGUUUAAGUUCCCCAUUGCUUUUGAUUUUUUUUUAUGAUCCCAACAAACUGUUUCAUUUCCUCAUAAUCGCUGCCCUUUCCCAUCAUCAGAAUGAGAUUUUAAUCAUCGUUGGUAUGAAGGUGGAGUUCAGUGGACAUUUGUAACAGUAGUAUGUGAUUCAUUGACUUUUUGUACAUCACCUGCUUUGUAUUUUCGGUUGUAAAGAGGUGCAGAAUUUGUUCGCCAAUGCCAUUAUGUAAACAUAAAUAUUUGUCUGCAUUUCUUAAGUGCCUUUUUAAAAACGAUCAUGGACAAUCGCUUGGACCAUCAUGUCUGAUGGUCAAAAUGAAUACAAUGAAAACUGAAUCUUUAUGAGCUUGAGUUCUGUCCACUAUUAAAACAUUCCUUUGCA